GGGAGCGCCACCUCCUGCGCCUGGAAGCAAGAAGCGAUGUUGGACGACGGUCCCUUACGCCGGCAACUUAGGCGUCGGUUUCAAGGCUCCUCCCUUCUGGUGAAAGGCAGACUGCGGGGCGCCUGGAAACCGGUUCGGGGGAGAGAGAAGGGCUUGAGGGAUUGCCCCAAAUGGUCAGGCGGCAGCGGCGGCGGAGGAAGAAGGAGAACAGGCAGCGGUAGUUGCAGCAGCAGCGAGAGAAGCAGCAGCAGGGGGUGCCGCGCGCCUUGCCCGGCUGGCUGGCUGCAGAGAGUCGAGCGCGGGCGGCGGAACGGAGGAUCGUGCCGGGGUGGCCGCUUCACGUCCGCCGCUGCCUCCUCCUCCCUGCGUGCCCUUCAUGAGUCUCAAGUUUGAGCUGGCAAGAGAAGGGGCAGACAAAAAGCAGCAGCCUGGCUAGGGAGGCGCAGCAGGCGGCGGCCAGAGGAGCAGCGGCAGCGGCGGCGGCAGCAAGAGGAGCCGGCCAAGUAUGGCUGAGAAGUGGGCUGUGCAAGUUUGCAGCGGGGCGGCGGCGGGCGGCCGAGCCGGAGGGCGCCGUGGCCGGCUGCUGCUGGCUCUGCGGCUGGCCGUGCUGCUGCUGCUCUGGGCGGAGGCUCCGGUGCUUCCCGCGCGGGGCCAGGCGGCGCAGCAGCAGCAGCAGCAGCAGCAGCAGUACAACGGCGAGCGGGGCAUCUCGGUGCCGGACCACGGCUACUGCCAGCCCAUCACCAUCCCGCUGUGCACCGACAUCGCCUACAACCAGACCAUCAUGCCCAACUUGCUGGGCCACACCAACCAGGAGGACGCCGGCCUGGAGGUGCACCAGUUCUACCCGCUGGUGAAGGUGCAGUGCUCGGCCGAACUCAAGUUCUUCCUGUGCUCCAUGUACGCGCCCGUGUGCACCGUGCUGGAGCAGGCACUGCCGCCCUGCCGCUCCCUCUGCGAGCGGGCGCGCCAGGGCUGCGAGGCGCUCAUGAACAAGUUCGGCUUCCAGUGGCCCGACACGCUGCGCUGCGAGAAGUUCCCCGUGCACGGCGCCGGCGAGCUCUGCGUGGGCCAGAACACCUCCGAGCGGGGCACGCCCACGCCCUCGCUGGGGCCCGAGUUCUGGACCAGCCACCCCCAGAUGCGGCCCGCGGUCGGCUCGGGAGGGAGCCCCCCAGCGGACAGAGCCGGCAGGUUCACCUGCCCCCGGGGCCUCAAGGUGCCCUCCUACCUCAACUACCGCUUCCUGGGCGAGAAGGAUUGUGGCGCCCCCUGCGAGCCGGGCCGCCCUUAUGGGCUCAUGUACUUUGGGCCUGAGGAGCUGCGCUUCUCACGCACCUGGAUCGGCAUCUGGUCGGUGCUGUGCUGCACCUCCACCCUCUUCACCGUGCUGACCUACCUGGUGGACAUGAAGCGCUUCAGCUACCCGGAGAGGCCCAUCAUCUUCCUCUCGGGAUGCUACACAGCCGUGGCCAUCGCCUACAUCGCUGGCUUCCUGCUGGAGGAGAAGGUGGUCUGCAAUGAGCGCUUCUCCGAGGAUGGCUCACGGACGGUGGCCCAGGGCACCAAGCGGGAGGGGUGCACCAUCCUCUUCAUGAUGCUGUAUUUCUUUGGUAUGGCUAGCUCUAUCUGGUGGGUCAUCCUCUCCCUCACCUGGUUCCUGGCUGCUGGCAUGAAGUGGGGCCACGAGGCCAUUGAAGCCAACUCCCAGUACUUUCACCUGGCUGCCUGGGCCGUGCCUGCUAUCAAAACCAUCACUAUCUUGGCCUUGGGCCAGGUAGAUGGGGAUGUGCUCAGUGGCGUCUGCUUUGUGGGCAUCAACAACGUGGAUGCCUUGCGGGGCUUUGUGCUGGCUCCUUUAUUUGUUUACUUGUUCAUUGGCACCUCCUUUCUGCUGGCUGGAUUUGUGUCCCUCUUCAGAAUUCGGACCAUCAUGAAGCACGAUGGUACCAAGACAGAAAAGCUGGAGAAACUGAUGGUGAGAAUAGGGAUCUUCAGUGUCCUCUAUACGGUACCUGCCACCAUUGUGAUUGCCUGCUAUUUUUAUGAGCAAGCUUUUAGGGAACAGUGGGAAAAGAGUUGGUUUGCUCAGAGCUGCAAGAGCUAUGCCAUCCUGUGUCCCAAUAACCACCAUCAUUCUCCUAUGAGUCCAGACUUCACGGUUUUCAUGAUCAAAUAUCUCAUGACCUUAAUUGUAGGCAUAACUUCAGGCUUCUGGAUCUGGUCUGGGAAGACGCUCAAUUCCUGGAGAAAGUUUUACACCAGACUCACCAACAGUAAGCAAGGGGAAACGACUGUGUGAAAUUCACAUGCCCAAUUAGGGAUAGCAGUCAAAGGGACCUUGCUGUGUCUGCCUAUUGUCCCAGCCACGGAGUAUCAUGAGAUGUCCAUACAACCAUUUCUUGGACGCUCUCUCUCCCCUCCCUUCCCUACUUCAGCCUACAAGGACCUAAAAGGAAAGAGGCUGGUGGAAGGACAGAUCGUUUUCUUCCCCCUUUCAGCUGGGACUAAAUUUACCAUAAAGUUGGGAAUGUGGCUUUGAGAUUGUUGUAAAUAGCCUCUGUAAGAUUUUGUAAGUAUAUUUGUAUUUAAAUUGCCAAGUUCUCUCUUUUCGUAAUUAUUUAGAACAUUUUAACCCAUUUUCAUACUUUUUUUUAAGAAAAGGAAAACGAUAUUUCAUUUUUUUAGUGAGGGGUGGAAACAUAGGAACCAAAACAGUCCCCUUUUCUCUACAGCCCACUCAUUGCUUUCGAAUCCAUGGGCCUCAAAUCAAGACUUGUCUUAUUUCAUGUGUGGUUGUAAUACCCAAAUCAUUUGCACCAAUUACAACAGAGGUUGGGAAGUUGCAGACACUUUGAUUUCUGUGUUCUCCAUAACAAAUGUACGGAAGGAAUGGAAGAGGCUAACCCUUCUUUUUCUCUGUGUGGCCUGGAGAGAUAAAGGAAGAAGCUGUUCUACCUGUUCUAGUUCCUCUGUGGAAGGGGUGGGGGGAGGGCAGGGAACCUGAUGUUAGGCAGUUGCAUUCCAAAGUAGUAAUUGCCUCAGAAAACUUUCAGUCGGCAAACUCUUGGUGAGAAACAGUCUGCUGAGCCCUAAAUAAAGGUGUGACCAGUUUUAAGACCCAUGAAAUUGAAAGGUUAUGAAUAAAAGCUUCUCCUCAGCUGAAUCUGUACAGCGUGUCUGAUAGUUUUAAGAACUGUCACAGAAAUCUAACUUUUCUCUUAACUUUGUGGAUGGCACCAUUUGCUUUUAAGCCUCCGAGAAGCAAUUCUUCCCUUCUGCUUCGGCAAAAUUGGAAUUGUUUGGUUGUCAUUUCUACUCUGGAGCUGGGUGGAAAGGAUGCUUGCAUGUCUUCAUAGGGAUUUGGUGUUUUGUUUCUUAGCAGAAUCCUUUUAGCAGUUUUAUUACUACAGGGGAGCUGCCAGGGACUACUGCCCUGGUUUUGUGGACAAGCUCAGCGUGGCCAACCUGAAGGGGAAUUAUAAAAAAGUCUCAGCAACUUUGUUCAACUAGAUUUCCCAAGCAUUUAUAACAUUAACAUUUCAUGUCUAGAAAUCUUUAUGAACUGGUGGGGUUUAAUUCCUUCCUGGUGAUAGUGAUUGAAAAGCAUAAUAAUUUAUGACACCAGUAAAAAGAAAUAUCAAGCAAAUGAGAGCCUGUAAGGCCCAGAGGAUCCACAAGCUUGACGUUUCCAUACACUAAUUUAUACGGAAAGCUAAGAGAGCCCAAAGUGACUGGUCUUCUCUCUCUCUAAACUGUUACAGCUCCUGCUUUCUUAACAGGUUUAUAAAGAUGCGUCAAAUUUAACUGGCAAAAAUGCAUUUUAAUAUUUAAUCCUUUGUAUGGCAAAACAGAGUGGCUGCUUUUCCGAUUGUACUGUUUAAAACUUUUUAUAUAAGUACCUGUCAAAUAUCUAUAACUUACCGUACGCUAGAAUGCAUAACAAUGUUAAUUUGAUAUGCGUUUCUUUCUGUUCACUAUCAAAAUCAUUUAUAUUUAUAGAGGAAUAGAAAGUUUAUAUAUAUAAAUAUAUAUAUAAUACAUAUUUUAAAUUUCUUUGAAAUAAAUGGAGGUUUUGUACAAA